AUGUCCAGGAAUAAAGAAACAUUAGUCGGCAAACUUGUGAGCAAUGCUAAACAAAGUUUGUCACAGUAUCAAUGCUUACUGGGAACUUAUUAUGUUGACGGAAAUAUGUGUGAUGAAAUUUUUCGAAGGAAAAUCGUUUGCUAUAACGCUCGUCUGGGAAUUUUCCCUGGAAUAGUUAUAAUUCGUCUAAGGAAUCACGUUAUCUCUGUUGCUACGACAUUAAUGAUUGCACGAGAAAAUAUAUUAGCUCAACAAGUCGAUCUUGUUGUUUUGGCAACCGGCAAUACGAAAUCACAUCCCUACGGAGAAUGA